UGGAUGUCUGAAGGAACAUGGCUACAAUGUACAAUAGAAGGAGAUCAGAUUGGAGCUAAAUAUGGCUGUGCUCAGUGUAGGAUUGACGAGAGAUGGUACGUCUUCGGAGGAGCCUGCAUGGACGAUAACGGUAUCAAUCAUUACUACGACGAUCUCUUCAUUUUCACUCUCAACGGAUCAAAGAUAUACAGCAACAAGGUAACGACAUCAGGAGUAAACCCCGGGCCUCGUGUGGGGGGGUUUCUCGUGGAAUGUGGGGGGUUCCUGUACCUGUAUGGGGGUACUUGCAAUGAGUUCACCUUAGAGCAUGUCAGGGGAAUUUACAAAUUGGAUACUUCAAGCUUUACCUGGUAUGAGGUAGAGUUACUAGGGGAUCCAGGGCCAGUAUCACAGUCUAUAUCAGUGAGAAACAAGACUUUGUACAUGUUCGGUGGUGUGAUGAUGGAUGAACCUUCUAAUAACCUUUAUACUCUUAACCUCAGUGCGAGCCCUCUAAGAUGGACCUGUGUUGAUACCAAAGGAGCAGUCCCCCAACCUCGGGUAGAUCACUGUAGUCUUGUCUCGGAUAAUAAACUGUUCGUGUUCGGAGGCAGUGGAUCUCAUGUGUUAUGGUAUAACGAUCUGCACUGCCUGGAUCUAACCACUCUAACCUGGACUAAGAUAAAGAUAUCAAGUGGAGUGUACCCGUCACCCUGUGACUUUAGCACCAUCUCAUACUAUGAUAGCAACUAUAUUAUACUGUUUGGGGGAAGCAACGAUAGCUUGCCUGAACAUAGCUUCAAUCAGGUGUGGUAUUACUCCCUCUCCUCCAACUCAUGGUACACGUGUGAUACACUUGGCACCCAGCCAGAGACCAGACAUGUUCACGUAUCGACCCUUUUUAAUGAAUUGCUAUACGUAUUUGGUGGACUCAACGAUGAUACUUUAAAUGAUUGCUGGGUACUGCAAAUACACAGUUUAAGAGGAAGGAAGAUGCCUACUUGUCAGAUAGACAACCCUUCCCCUCCCGUCACACUCUUCAAAAUACAGGAAGAAUUACCUGCGGUGCCUCCACUCACAGACUUCCAAAUACCGGAUAUUGAUAAACACACGGGGCUAGAGAAGCUCAAAGAAUCUGUUUUAGGCCAGAUAUCGAAGGGAUUCUCGGUGCUAGAAGCUGAAUACUCGGCGCUGUACGGCGCUAAGGAGCGCUUUGAGCAGGAGAAGUUACAGCUACAACAUGCACGGGAUGAUUCGGAAAAGUGGAUCCUUGAGCAGAGAGAUGACUUGAUUAGACAAUGUAACGACCACACACAGCUAUGUAAAGAUUGGGCAGCGUUACAGACGGAACAGUUCGGCAAAGAACGUGCUAUUUUGUUGGAGGAGCGUAAGAGAUUGGAGCGUGCCCAGCGCAGGCUAGCUGCUGAUCAGGACACUCUCAACAAACGGGUCAAAAAACUUGAGGAGUUGAUGAAUAGAGCAAAAAUUAAGUGAAAUAAAGAGAACUUUCUUUAGUAUUUAAUUCAGAGGGAAUAUUUAUAUUAGAUCUAGAUAUAUAUAAUGAUUAAUUUGGCUGUUAAUGAAGUUGAGAUUGAUUUGUGCAUAAAAGCUGACUCCUGACCGGUGAAUUUUAUCGUUGACACUUCUUUUAAUGUAUAUACAUGUAACUAUUGUACAGAUGUAGUGUUUGUAAGUUAUCGAGAUGCUAUUGUAAGCAGUACAUAUUUUGUCAAGCAAAACUCUUCGAUCUGGGGUCUGGAGCACAGAUAUUGUACCUAGUAAUCGGCGUCGUAAGAGCGCAAACUCCGCGACCUCUUGCAAUAUUGAAAGUGUACUUUUUCAGCAUUUUGUGUAACCAUUGGAAACGGCGCGCGAAUACAGCGCCAAAUACGGUUCAUUUUCUAGCAAAUACUUCGUUCAUUCAGUAAAAUGGGACAAGAUUUUGCAAGUUCAUUUCAUUUUUAAAAAGCCAGUUUCCUAAAUUUAUUUUCUAUUAAGGUUUUAGCGAUGUCGAGAGCUCAAGCUGAAUCUGUUAUCAAGAACAUUAUCCGAGAGAUAGCUCAAGAAUGUGCAGUGAAAGGUCAAGCUGUUAGCGAGACUCUGGUGGCUUUCAUGGUCAAGGCG